AUGCCACACAUGACACAGGGUUUGGAUAUCUUGAGGAAACCUCAGCUCUUUUAUAUGCAUGAUCCAGAAACCAUUCCCAUAAGAAAUCCAGCAGUCCUGAAAAUUUCUCAUGAAAAGUUUAGGCAUUUUCAGUCCCUGUCAGUGACCGGGCCUCACAAAGCUGUGAGCCAAAUUCGGGAGCUCUGUUUUCAGUGGUUGCAACCAGAGACUCACACCAAGGAGCAAAUAAUGGAGCUACUGGUGCUGGAGCAGUUUUUGAACACCCUGCCAGAUGAGGUCCAGACAUGGGUGAGAUCAAAACGACCCAAGAAUAGCAAGGAGGCAGGAACCCUGGUGGCAAACUUGAUCCGAGCAUGUGAGGAAGAAGGUUUUCCUCAUCAGGACUCUGUCCUUGCAGAAGAGAGGGACACCAAAAAACCACAAAAGGAAGACACAAAUGUAUCUAACACUUUGCCAUCUGCUGGAACACGGCGUCCACUUCAGGGAUCCUAAGUGGAGAUGCCCACAGGAGCUGCUGAGGAGUUGGUGACUUUCCAGGAUGUGUUUGUAGACUUCAGCCUGGAGGAACUGACCUCUCUUAGUGCUGCUCAGAGGAACCUCUACCGGGAGGUUACACUGGAGAAUUACCAGAACCUGGUCUCCUUAGGGUACCAGUUCUCUAAACCCGAUGUCAUCUCACAGCUGGAGGAGGAGGAGUCACGUGCAAUGCAGGAAGACAGUGCUACAGAGACAGGUCCAGAUUGGGAGAAAGGACCUGAAACCAAAGAUCUAACUCCAGAGCAAAGCCAGCAUAUAGAAAAAUCAUCCUUGGGGGCAGGAAUGGAGAAUUUGGAAAUAGGUAACUUCUGGCAUGUAGGACACACAGGAAAGUCUUCUGCUGAUCCUCUGGAUUCAUGUGAGGUCAGCAAAGAGAAACCUGUGAGCCUUGGAACAGUGAUCCUCACUCAAGAAAGAAGCCUUGACAGAAAUGACUUUGAGAGAAGUUCAAAUCUUACUAAACAAUCAGCAGGCCCUCUAGGAGCAGAUCCUCAGGAAUGUGCUGAUCCUGAGAUUCGCAUCAGUGCCCCACCAGUGGUCAAAAAGCCUUUCCUCCAAGAGACCAGAAUCAACAGAUGUGAAUUUUGCAAGAGAACCUUUAGUACCAAAAUGGCCCAUAGUAGACAUGAGCAGAUCCAUACUGGCAAGAAAUCCUCUGAAAGUAAACAGUGUGGAGAAGCCCUCUGCCUCAUGCCAUACCUCACCAGACGUCCUGGAGCUCAUUCCAGUGACAAGUCCCCUGGAAAGUCCUUCAUUCAGCGCACAAGCGUGCGUGGCCCUGUGAGAAUUCACAGUCAGGAAGACUACUAUGAAUGUUUCCAGUGCGGCAAAGCUUUUAUCCAGGAUGAGCAUCUUUUUCAGCAUCUCCAAGAUCACAAGGCAGCAGAAGCCCUUCCACCUGGGUUGCCCAGCAAAAAGACAUAUUUAAUUCGCUAUCAGCGGAAACAUGACUAUGCUGGAGAGAGAGCCCAUCAGUGUUGCGACUGUAGCAAAGCCUUCAGUCGGAGUUCACAACUCAUUCAACACUAUCGGAUUCAUGCACAGGAGAGGCCUUUCCAAUGUCAGCUGUGUGGGAAAUGUUUCAGCCGACCCUCACAACUCACUCGACAUUAUCAACUCCAUUCUGAAGAGAAAUCCGGUGAGUGCAAUUUCUAUUGA